AAAGAGAUUGCCACUAGGGAGAUAUUCAUGGUGGCUACUUCAAACAAGUCAGAAGACAGGUGACUCACGGCAAAAAAAGGAGGUGAAUACAUGCCUCUGUUCAACAUACCUCAAUACGUUUGGGCUGAGAAUAUGUUCUAAGAAAAUGGGCAAAACUAAAAAGAUCAAGCAAGAGCCUGGUGCGGAAAAUGAACCAGCAGCUGAGGAGCAGGAAACAGCAGAAAUUCUCGAUGUUUCCACAAUUAAGAAGGAAGACUUAAGUUAUGACGAGAAGUGUGCAUUUGCUACGUCGAUUGCAAAACCAAUGGCCUCAAGGAAGCUUGCAAAGAAACUGUAUAAAUUAAUUAAGAAAGCGGCAGCCCACAAAACAUAUCUGCGGAAUGGUCUUAAGGAUGUACAGAGGAGGAUAAGGAAGGGAGAAUCAGGAAUUGUGGUGUUGGCAGGGGAUGUGACACCAAUCGACAUAAUGUGCCACCUUCCAGUUGUCUGUGAGGAUAGAAAUAUACCAUAUGUGUAUACACCAUCACGUCAAGAUCUUGGACAAGCUAUGGGUGUGAAAAGGAGCUGUAUUGUCAUGAUGGUGCGUGAACAUCAAGAAUAUAAAGAUACUUUUGAUGAAUUAGCAAAAGAACUAAAGACAUUGACUUACCCAAUUUAAAUGCUUUUGCAUUUUGUUGGUGAAUAAUUAUUGAAUAAAAUCUCCGAUCUCAUUAGAGAGAACAAAUGUGGGGGAACUGGGAACAGUUACUGUAAAUGACUAUGCAUUUUUCAAAAAAAAAUAUAUUGAAUUUAAUAUGAACUAUUGCACACAACUUGACUGUGACAUUGCUUUGGUAAAGUGAGAAAUCUUUGUUCGUGAAAGUGAGUGCAUUAUUAAUAAAAACUGACUUUGAUGUAUCAUUGAUGCAUAAGUCAAUGAUCAAAUAAACCAUUAAUUUUAACGGAGGAUAUAAGAUUCAAAACAUUACAGUGUGGUGAAGAAAAAUUAGGCAUUGCCAUUUGACUUUAUUUUGUUGAUAUUGAGAUACCCUGCAUAACAUAACAGUAAUGGUUACCAAACAUUGUUACAAUACUCAUGAAAUUAACACAGAAAUUAAUUUUCCAUUUGAAAGUUUUCUAAUUUAGCUAAGUUGGUUAAAAGGUUUAUGCAAAAUAUACAUUUCUUUACAGCUUU